AUGGAGAAAACUCCAAAACGUAGAGGUACAUCAUCUGCACAACAAACCGGACAUUUUGAAGGUCUUAAUGUCACGCCGAUUAGACUUGUUUUGGUGGAANAACGUUCAUAUUUACUCGAUCUUUUGCAAGCUAGUAGAUUUUCAGAUCCUUCCGCGCUAACGUUGGUAUUUGUCGAAACAAAGAAAGGAGCAGACAUGCUCGAAGAAUAUUUACAUAAUAUGGGUUAUCCAGUAACCAGCAUUCAUGGUGAUAGAACUCAACGAGAACGAGAAGAAGCAUUACGUCGAUUCCGUGCUGGAAAAGCGCCAAUACUUGUUGCUACUGCUGUCGCUGCUCGUGGUCUUGAUAUUCCUCAUGUUAAGCACGUUAUUAACUUUGAUUUGCCAGGUGACGUUGAAGAGUAUGUUCAUCGUAUCGGUCGUACAGGACGUAUGGGGAACUUAGGCUUAGCAACAUCUUUCUUCAAUAACAAGAACCAUAAUCUUGUACGGGAUUUGGUAUCUCUUCUCGUCGAGGCUAAUCAAGAGCUUCCACCUUGGCUCGAAGAUUUAUUCACGGAUGCACGUUAUGCCGGUGGUUGUUCUCGUCGUUCAGGUAGUACUAAAGGAGGUGGAGGUGGUGGCGGCGGCGGUGGUGGCGGUGGAGGAGGCGGAGGAGGUGGUGGACGUUUCAGCGGUGGUUUUGGUGCACGUGAUUAUCGGCAGCAACCAAGCGGUGGAUCUACUCGUAAUAAUGGUCCAUCAAGUAGACCAGGUAGUUAUGGAGGCGGUUACGGAGGAGGUUAUGGAGGGAAUUAUAAUUCAUCAUACAACAAUACAUCUAACAACAGUAGUGGUGGUAUACACCCUGAUUGGUGGGAAGGAUGGGACAAGUAAAUCCUUAUUGCCAUCUCUAUUUCCACUUCUACCAUUAUUAAUCUACACGAAAAUUGAAUUAUAUGUAAGGAAGACACGUACGACAUACACAUCCAAUAUAACGAGCACACGUAACGAUGGACGCGUGCGUAUAUUCUCUCGUAUGUUAUAUAUGUAUAUACACAUAUACAUAUAUACAUAUAUAUAUGUAUCAUAUAUAAUAUGUAUAUACGUAUUUAUGCAUAUAUACACAUAUAUCAAUGGACAGACAGUCUCACGUAUAAUCCAUUCACGUUUGCUAACUGCCUGAGCACUCCAGUUUCCGAAGGAAAAAAAAAACAAAGAAAAAAAAACCCCGAGCAGCAAACUAUCUUGAUUGAAUUCCACACAAUUAUUACACACACAUA